AUGGCCGCCAUCCCCUCCGGCGGCUCGCUCGUGGCCACGCACGGCUACUACCGGCGCCGACCCCGGAGCAGCGAGCCGUCCUUCCGGCGGCGGCGGCUUCUCCACAUCCCGGCUCCGCUCCCCGCAGGCCGCCCCCAGCCCCGGCCCCUAGAGCCAGGAGGAGGCAGCCGCUCAGCCCGCCCGGCCGGGCCCACGCUGGGCGCCCACCCUGCGCCCGAGCAGCUCCUGGGCCAGAGCCCGGCCUGCCGCGCCGCGGACCCGGCCGGCCGCCAGCGGACACCGGCGGAGGCCCAGAGCCCCCCGCCCCCGGCACCGAGCAGAGAAUGA